AUGGUUGGUGCUCACCACUACCGCACCACCGCAUAUCAUGCUGCGGCUAACGGGAUGAUUGAAAGGCUACAUCGACAACUCAAAUCUGCCAUCAUGUCGCACUCAUCAUCAUCAACGUGGACCGAAGCUCUUCCUCUCAUCCUACUGGGUAUCCGGAGUGCCGUGAAAGAAGAUCUUCAGGCUACUCCCGCAGAGCUCGUAUAUGGUGAGACGCUCCGUCUACCUGGGCAGUUCCUCUCACCUAUGCCCGACUAUAAAGUAGGAGAUGUCACAGAAUAUGCUACUCGCUUACGCUCUCACAUGGCCAACCUUUCUCCAAGACCAGCUUCGUGGCACAUCAAAUCAACUCCCUUUUACAUCCCACGUGGCUUAGAGACUUGUUCCCACGUUUUUCUUCGAGUCGACCGUGUCCGCAGCUCACUUGAACCACCCUAUGAAGGCCCGUAUAAAGUCAUGAGACGACAGAAGAAAUUCUAUUCCAUUGACAUAAAGGGCAAGCUAAACAAUGUGACGGUGGAUAGACUGAAACCUGCAUAUAUCAUGCGUGAAGAAUCGCCUCAACCACCUGAGUUAGGCAGCAAUGAUGUCGACGUAGAGAAGCAGACGAGAAGUGGAAGACACGUCAGGUUCCCUGCUAGAUAUCGACCGUAG